AGGCGAGCGGUGGAUGAGGCGGGACGUGUGGCGCUGCGCUCGGCUCCCCCGAUGGCGGUGUGGACGCGGGCGUGCAAGGCCGGCCUGGUGGAGGUGCUGCUCCGCGAGCGCUGCUGGGUGCGGGCGCUGGCCGAGCUGAGCGGCGAGGCCUUGAUCCUCAGCUCGGAGCCGGAGCCGCCGCUGAACGGCCUCCCGAACGGCUCGGAGUGGGGCAGCCCCGGAGGGAGGCGCAGCGAGGCCGGGUCCGGGUCCAGCCCGCCGGAGCUGCGCGGGGCCGCCUCUGCCUCCGCCUCGCCGCCCUCCUCGCCGGGCUCGCCGCCCCUGCUGCCUUCCCCUCCGCCGGGGGUGCGGCGCGUGCGGGUGGUGAAGGCCGAGGCGGGCGGGCUGGGCAUCAGCAUCAAGGGCGGGCGCGAGAACCGCAUGCCCGUCCUCAUCUCGCGCAUCUUCCCGGGGCUGGCGGCCGAGCGGAGCGGAGCCCUGCGCCUCGGAGACGCCAUCCUCUCCGUCAACGGCGUCGACCUCCGGGAGGCCACCCACGACCAGGCCGUGCAGGCCCUCAAGCGCGCCGGGAGGGAGGUCCUCCUCGAAGUGAAAUACAUGCGGGAGGCCACCCCGUACAUCAAGAAACCCUCGCUCGUGUCGGACCUGCCCUGGGAUGGGGCCCCUCCGCAGUCCCCCAGCCUCAGCGGCAGUGAGGACUCCGGCUCCCCGAAGCACAUCCCCGCCAAGGACCGCAAGGUGAUCCCCUUGAAGAUGUGCUAUGCCACCCGGAACCUGAGCAUGCCGGACCUGGAGAACAGGCUGAUCGAGCUGCACUCCCCGGAUGGCCGCAACACCCUGAUUCUACGGUGCAAGGAUCCGGCUACAGCGCAGGCCUGGUUUGCGGCCAUCCAGGCCAACAUAGCGGCCCUUCUGCCACAGGUCCUGGCAGAGCUCAAUGCCAUGCUGGCUGCCAGCAACAGCCCCGGGAGCAGCAAGGAGGUCAAGCACAUUGCCUGGCUGGCUGAACAGGCCCGACUGGACGGGGGCCGGCAGCAGUGGCGGCCGGUUGUCCUGGCUGUGACGGAGAAGGACCUGCUGCUUUACGACAGCGUGCCCUGGACGAGGGACGCCUGGGCCUCCCCCUGCCACAGCUACCCCCUCAUCGCCACCAGGCUGGUCCACUCUGGCUCUCGGUCGCCCUGCCUGGGCUCGGAGCUGACCUUUGCCACACGGACGGGUUCCCGGCAAGGCAUCGAGAUGCACAUCUUCCGCGUGGAGACUCAUCGGGACCUCUCCUCCUGGACCCGCAUCCUGGUGCAAGGCUGCCACACUGCUGCAGAGCUCAUCAAGGAGGUGUCCUUAGGCUGCGUCUGGAACAACCAGGAGGUCCGCCUCAGGGUCCACUACGAGAACGGCUUCACCAUUUCCAAGGAGGAGGCAGGAGGCUCCUCCAGCGUCCUCUUCCGGUAUCCCUUUGAGAAGCUGCGGAUGUCUGCGGACGACGGCCUCAGGAACCUCUACCUGGAUUUCGGGGGACCGGAGGGGGAGCUGGCGCUGGAGCUCCAUUCCUGCCCGAAGCCCAUUGUCUUUGUGAUGCACACGUUCCUCUCGGCCAAAGUGACCCGCAUGGGCCUCCUGGUGUAGCAGGCGAUUUUGAGGGCGGCACCAGCCACAAAGCGGCACCGACUCCUGCCUUUGCCGAUCCCUGCUCCUCCCUUCCUUCUUCCCUCCCUUUGACGCCUCAGUGCCUUAGUGGGGCCCCCGAGGGGCAGCGGCAGAAGAAGGGCUUCGGGGGAAGGACCGCCUUCCCGAAAGAGGAGCAAUGGACGCUGGAAGGGAAGGGAAAGGAAGGGACAGAUGCCCUCGCCAUCCGAUUAUUCGCUGGGAGCCGGGCCCUGAGGGCAGGCCCUCGGUCAGCUCCCAUCUUCGGGUCUCAAGAAGCCAUGUUUCCCGUAUCACUCACCAAAAGUGCCUUUGGGGCCGGAAGGAGGGCUGCAGAACAAAGGGCCAGUGCUGUGCCUGGUCUACGGUGGGGCUCACUUUCUUGCAGGGACCUCCAAAAAAAGGGUAAAAGCAGCCUUUCCCCUGGUUUAUUGAUCUGGGUCUGUUUAGCUUCCAGAAGAGAAGGUUGAGAGGAGACAUGAGAGCCAUGUAUAAAUAUGUGAAAGGGUGUCAUGAGGAAGAGGGUGCAGGCUUGUUUUCUGCUGUCGCUAGGAUAUGAAGCAAUGAGUUCAAAUGACAGGAAAGGAGAUCCCACCUGGACAUUAGGAAGAACUUCCUGACUGUAAGAGCUCUUCAACAGUGGAACUCACUGCCUCAGAGACUUAUGGAGGUUCCUUCCUUGGAAGCUUUUAAACAGAGGCUAGUUGGCCAUCUGUUGGGAUUGCUUUGAUUGUGCUUUUCCUGCCUGCCAGGGGGUGGGACUAGAUGGCCCAUGUGGUCUCUUCCAACUCUGUGAUCCCAGUGGUCAGGAGGACAGAGAUUGUGACUAUUUUUGAGACCAAAAGAGAAGGCAGAGCCUUGGAAGGGAUAAAAGCAAAGUCUUAUUCUGCCAACUUAAGGGAGACAACUCCCUCUUUCUUUCCUGAGUCUCAGCCUCUCUUUUUACUGAGUUUCCUUUGGAGGUUUCUUAUGCCUUUUGCUUUUGAGUCUCAACUCUCAUUGCAGGAAGCAAUGUUGUGAGGUGUUGUGAGGAUCCAGAAAAUAGCACUUGCACUCAAUGUGGGGGUGGGUUGUGUUCUGUGUGAGGAGGACUAGACAGUCUUCUUUUGUUUUUGCAAAUCAGUGAUAUUCUGGGACACAAAGAUCCUGUCCUUGUUGUGCAGGAAACGCUGAUCGUGUUGAGGUGAUAGAGAAGGCCAAUGGAGGAAACGUAGGAGACGUAGCCCUCAGCGUGGGAUGGAGUAGAGUUGCGGUUGUGAGCCCAGAGUUGUGCCAAAAUGCAUUGUUGGAGGAGGGGGGCAGGAGGGAAAGUGUGUUACGUGCCUAAGAAAGAGACCCCUGUUUCCGCCCGAGUCCUGUGCAGGACGCAGUGUCCAUGGGGCACAGAGCAGCCCUUGGUGAUGGGGCUCGUGGCCCUCACUGCUGGGGAAAUUGGUCAAUGGUCCUUGGAGCCUAUUGCUUCUCAGAUCCACAGGCUCCCUUUCAGAUGUUUCCUGUGUUCCAUCAGCUAGUUUAGGCUGAUGAGAACCAAAUACAUGGGGUUGGGUGGAAUGCUGAGCUGGGCCUGCUGCUGUGGAAAGGCUAAGCUCCUUAAGGGCUGCAAUCAAAUUAUUGGCAUGGCGUUGUGGAUAUUUAUUGCAGUUUGGAGAAGAAGGGAAGAAAUAGAGGGAAGGUAAGAACGCAAGAAGGAAGACGAGAAGGGAAGAUGUGUUGUCAAAGGCUUUCAUGGCUGGGAUCACAGCAUUGUAUGUUUUCCGGGCUGUAACUCACAACCUCUGAGGAUGCCUGCUAUAGAUGUGGGCAAAACGUCAGGAGAGAAUACUUCUGGAACAUGGCCGUGCAGCCCGGAAAACAUACAACAACCCCAAGGGAAGAUGUGAGUCGAAGGCUUUCAUGGCCAGGAUCACAGGGUUGUAUAUUUUCCGGGCUGUACAUCACAACCUGAGGAUGCCUGCCAUAGAUGUGGGCGAAACGUCAGGAGAUAAUAACAUGGCCAUACAGCCCAGAAAACAUACAACAGCCCCAAGGAAAGAUGCGAAUCGAAGGCUUUCAUGGCCAGGAUCACAGGGUUCUUGUAUGUUUUCCGGGCUGUAUGGCCAUGUUCCGGAAGCAUUCUCUCCUGACGUUUCGCCCACAUCUAUGGCAGGCAUCCUCAGAGGUUGUGAGGUUGUAGGAUAUACCCCACUUGCCUUGUUUCCAACAGACCUCACAGUCUCUGAGGAUGCCUGCCAUAGAUGUGGUUGAAACGUCAGGAGAAUAUACUUCUGGAACACGGCCAUACAACCCGGAAAAUAUACAACAGCCCAAAGGGAAGAUAUGUUGUUGAAGGCUUUCAUGGUCAGGAUCAAAGGGUUGUUUGUUUUCCGGGCUGUCUGGCCAUGUUCCGGAAGUAUUCUCUACUGACGUUUCGCCCACAUCUACAGCAGGCAUCCUCAGAGGUUGUGAGAUAUACCCCACGUGUCUCGUUUCCAACAGACCUCACAACUUCUAAGGAUGCCUGCCAUAGAUGUGGGUGAAACGUCAGGAGAGAAUGCUUCUGAGACAUGGCCAUACAACAUACAACAACCCAAGAAGGGAAGAGAAAGAAGGAAGGCAAGGAAAAGCAAGCAAGGCAAGCAGGAAUGAAGGAUAGAAAGAAGGAAGGCAGAUAAUAGAAGGUAGGAAGGAAGGAUGGAAGGCAAGGAAGGUGUCUGACGUCAGAAGAGGUUUAGAAAGAGGCAUUGGCGGGCGUUUAGAGGCCCUUCGUUCUGCCUCUUAUGGAAAGAGGCCUUAAGGAUCCACCUGAGGCCACCCACUCCUGGGACACUCUACCCUUGGUGGCACCAACCAGGGUCUAGUUCAGGACCUUUCUGAAAGCACUAUCCCUUUGUCCUGCAGCCGUUUCUCCUUGAAGGUCUCGUGGGUUGAGCGUUUACAGCAGGCACGAGCAAACUUGGGCCCUCCGGGUGUUUUGGACUCCAACUCCCACAAUUCCUAACAGCCGGUAGGCUGUUAGGAAUUGUGGGAGUUGGAGUCCAAAACACCCGGAGGGCCCAAGUUUGCUCAUGCCUGGUUUACAGUGCCAAAGAAGAGGCUUCCUUGUGCAGAGACCUUUUUUGCACAGAAACCACUACAGCUCCCUGCCUGUCUCUAUGCUGCGUGAAAGAGGCGAGUGUCUGUCUCUCUCGAUCUGUGUGUACAGUUUAAUAAUAUAUUCACCCGUGAGCAUUACAAAAAAAAGGCACAGUCCCGUAUUAACUGCCACAGCCCCUCGAAAACGUACAAGCAACUUUAUUUUUGUAUUCUUUGUAAAUGGUAUUUAUAUGCAAGAAGGACUUCUUUUUCUGUCUGUCUCUCUCUCAAAUGCUGGAGUCAAACCGAGCGGCGAGAAGAGUAAUAAAUAGUUCAAGGCAACCCUAUGGACGCACUUCUCAGCCCCAGAGUUAACACAACUGUAUAGUAUUGUACAUUACAAUGGAAACGGUGACUAAGGGCAAACUUGUUAGCCUUUAUCCUGUGUAUAAUAAAAGGUGUUUUGACA